AUGACCUCGCUGUGCCCAACCCCUGCUUCGCUAAUGCCCAUCAUUACUGGCCCCAGGGGCCUGGACUGCCCAGAUUUCGACGUCCUCGAGACCAGCGGCGACGUGGAGCUGCGCCGCUACCACAAGGCGCGCUACGUCGUGACCCACUCCGAGGCGGAGUCCCUGCUGGCCGCCCAAAUCGAGGGCACAAAGCGCCUGCUGGGCUACCUCGCGGGCGCCAAUGAGGACGACGCCAGGCUGCUGCCCCCCACUGUGCCGCUGGAGACCAUCCUGUUCCCGGCAGACAGGCGGUCAGAGACCGUCGAGGGCCGCUUCUGCGUCGCCCUAUACCUGCCAGAGUGCGCGCAGGACCGUCCCCCGAGGCCCACUGACCGCCGCGUGCGCAUCGUGCGUGCGCGCACGACCGACUGGUUCGUCCUCAAGAUCCGCACGUCCCUCAUUGACGAGCGCGCG